GUGACACGACACCGGUAGCACACGGAUGGUUACAUCGUCUGUAACAGUUAUUUGAAACUUUGUACAGAAAAAUAUGUUACCACUUCACAAAGGAGAUGGGGGCUACCGACCUGGAUCUAGAAUCAAAGAAAAAGUUUUGGGAUGGAUGAGGAUGAUAUUUGCAGAGAAAACUUCAAGGAAUAUUUUCUGUUUUCUAUUGUUGAACUUAUCAUUUGCCUUUGUGGAACUUUUUUAUGGGGUUUGGACAAACAGUCUUGGGCUGAUUUCUGAUUCAUUCCACAUGUUUUUUGACUGCACUGCCCUAUUAGCAGGACUGGCUGCUUCUGUUAUUUCAAGAUGGCGAUCAAAUGAUGCCUUCUCUUACGGGUAUGUUAGGGCUGAAGUUUUAGCUGGAUUUGUGAAUGGACUUUUUCUUCUCUUCAUUGGGUUCUUUAUAUUUUCAGAAGCCAUUGAGCGUAUGGUGGAGCCCCCAGAAGUGAAACAUGAGCGUCUUUUCAUUGUAUCAGUGGCUGGCUUCAUUGUCAACCUUAUAGGGAUAUUUGCUUUUCAGCAUGGACAUGGACAUUCUCAUGCAGGGGGAGAUCAUGGUCAUUCUCAUGGAGGUCAUGGGCACAGUCAUGGACUUGGUUUGGAUACCCAUGAUUCGCAUAGUUCACAUGAUUCAGGUCAUGGACAUUCACAUUCAGGACAUGGUCAUGGUCAUUCCCAUGAGAGUAAAGGUCAUGGCCAUUCCCAUGGCGGAGAGAGUCAUGGUCACUCCCACAACACAGCAAAAGCAUCACAGGCCCAGAUCAUGCAGGGUGUGUUUUUACAUAUACUGGCUGACACAUUAGGAAGUGUAGGAGUGAUCAUCUCCUCCAUACUUAUAUAUUACUUUGGCUGGAUGAUUGCAGACCCUGUGUGUUCCAUGUUCAUUGCUACUCUCAUUAUUAUAAGUGUGUUGCCAUUGUUACGAGAUUCUGUAGGAGUUUUAAUGCAGCGCACACCCAGAGAACUAGACCAUAUAUUACCUGGUUGUUACCAAAGAGUGUCACAGUUAGAUGGGGUAUACAGUGUUCAGGAACCUCAUUUUUGGACAUUAUGUAGUGAAGUGUAUAUAGGGACCAUUAAGUUAGAGGUAGCCAUGAAUGCAGAUACUCGAUACAUCUUAAGUCAGACACAUAACAUCUUCACACAGACUCUCUGCCAUGAACAGUUUUCCAAAACUCUGGGAGGCAAACUCCUCAAUUUGGUGACAAUAAUUAUUAAUUUGUCCUGCCAAGAGCAGACUGUCCAAUCGGGCUGGAGUAGGGAUAGGCUUGAAGAUUUUGUUAAUGUCCUCCUCUGGUAGUGGAGCUUCCCCUUUAGAUAUUCUUUGCUGAUUCUCUUGUUGCUAUAGGAAGGUAUCAUGGGUAUCAAGCGUCAGAAGCAGGUGCGGAAGUCUUUAGCGUUUUACAAGAAAAACUUUGGAUACUCUCCGCCAUACCAUGUCAUAGUGGACGGCACAUUUUGUAGGGCUGCACUGAAGCAGAAAAUCAACAUUAGAGAACAACUGCCAAAGUACUUAGAAGCCGAGGUCAAUAUCUGUACCACACAGUGUAUCCUUGAUGAGUGUGAAGCAUUCGGCUCUGUUUUGUAUGGACCCUUGAAGAUACUCCAGCAGUAUCAGAAAGCACCAUGCGGUCACUCAAAGAGCAUCAAAGGUGCUGAUAAAUGCAUCCAACACACAACCAAAAAGACAGUCAAAUACAUUGUAGGCACUCAGGAUCCUCUUCUGAGAGAAGUUCUACGGAACAGAUCAGGUCUACCAAUUCUGUAUAUAGCUUUUAAUGCCAUAAUGUUAGAAAAUCCUUCCCCGGCAUCACUGCAAGUAGCAGAGAGGAAAUCCAAGGUGGAACUUAAGCCUGCUUCACAUCAACAGACUGUGAUACAGAAACUAAAAAUACAGGCAUUUGGAGAGAAUGUGAUAGUGAAGAAAAAGAAAAAGAAAAUCAAAGGACCAAAUCCAUUGUCCUGUAAGAAAAGUAAGAAGAAGAAACCUGAACUGAAACCUAAUAAUGAGGAGAAAAAGAAAAGAAAGAGAAAGAGAAAAAGACAUAAAUCUGAACAGGCAGUUUCUGUUGAGUUAUAAUUCCUUGUUUAAAUGUGUGCAGUUACUCCCAUAUUUGUCCAUUUGUCUUUCUUAUACAUUUUUCAAGAUCCAUUUCUCAGUUUCAAAAAACUGGCAUAAACAUCCUACAGUGAAAA